AUGGCCGUGACCGAACUCAUUCUCGUGUCCUACAAUCUGGACCCCAAGCUGCAGGAGCAACUCAAGCAGAAAGCGCCCGAGAUGUUCUCCCACUUUAUCGGGGUCAAUGGCCUACAGUCCAUGUCACGCGGAAAGGUCGUAGCUGAUGAUGGCACAUCUGUUGACUCAAGAAGCGGUCGCAGUGCUCUUAUUCUGGAGUGGGAUAACAAAUCCUCUUUUCACGAUUUCUUCCCCAAGUCUCCCGCCUUCCAGGCAUUCGCUGGCAUGAUGAAGCCAUUGAUUGUUUCUCCUGUUCUGCCUGAACUUUACGAAUCACCCGAUUCCUCAUCCUCGUGCGCUUCGGCGAAUAUUACUCAAAUUAUCAAGGUUGCGCAAGGCAGCAACACUGAGAAAGUAUGGGGCCAAAUAAAAGAGGCCAUUUCUCAGUCACAGUCAGAGACCCCUCAGUUCUUCCACGGAAGCGGUAUAGAGGAGCAGCAAGGUAAUUUUUUGGGCCUCAUUGGCUGGCCUAGCCUGAAGAGCUACGAGGAAUCUAGGAAACAUACGGCUCUGGCCAAAUUGGUGGAUGAAUUGAGUGCCGGAGGCAAGCUCUACGACAUUGCCGUGGACCUUGCGUCUAUUCCAACCUCAAAGUAG